CAAUGACCUCCAUGUUAUUGUCCAUAGGAGGAAAGUCCUAUACAGUGCUUUUAAAGCAAUGUCAUCACCAUCAUUCUGCUGGAAGAAAUCUCCAAAGGUGGAAUUUGUUGGGGAGGAAGGAGCAGAUUACGGGGGGCCACAGAGAGAGUUUUUCCGACUCUUGAUGCAGGAUGUGCAACAGUCCGGUGUGUUUGAGGGUCCAUCUAAGGAGCUACUGUUCACCUACCAUCAGGGCCAGGAACAAAAGUACCUAAAGGUUGGAAAAUGCGUUGGCUGGUCGAUCGUCCAUGGGGGACCGGGAUUACGAGCCCUCAACAAAACACUGUUCGCUUGCAUGUGUGGCCACAACCCAUCCUUUAGAGAUUUCCGUUGGCAAAAUCUUGAUGAAGAUGUACAGAGUAAAAUCAAGAAGAUUCUCAACUGCAAAGAUGAAAAUGAGUUUGCUGCCUUGCUCCAGGCCGAAGUUCUAGGCAACUGGUUAGCUGAGUGUGGCAUAUACAUGUCAAAGAGAGAGGAGAUCCCAAACACAAUUGCAUACAUAUGCAAACAUUAUGUGUUCAUGAGAGUUGCAAACAUCAUCAAACAAUUCACCGAUGGAUUGAACUCAUGGGGGAAUUUGUGGGAUGUGGUGAAAGCCAACUAUGCUGCCUUCCUGCCAGUCUUCACCGACAUGUCCGUCCCUCUUACUCGCCAAUCCCUCAAGUCACUCUUCAGUGUCAACUACAGUACCAGGGGCACCAACCGACGAGAGCAGGAAGAGGACACCAUCUUCAGCUGGGAGGUGUUUCUCAAGAUGGUAGAAGACAGUCAAGCAGAUGUCACUUUUGAGGACAUCCUCAUAUUCAUCACCUCAGCGGGCAUGAUUCCUCCACUUGGAUUCCAGGAACAGCCUACCAUUGACUUUUAUGACCAGGAACAAGGCAUCCUGAAGAGCCUGCUCUUGUUCAGGCGUCAGAGCAACCGGAGGUGGUUCUACGAUGACAGCCCGGUCUAG